GUACGGAUGCACCACUUCAGUGUAAACCAUUUUCAAGGAAAACAAAGAAUUCGAAUAGCCAUUUGCUUCGAAAUUCGAAAAGAACUCUUAUCCAUUCGAAAUUCCAUAGAGAAUUCUGUUUUCCCCAUCUUUUAUCUCUCCCUAUAUUUCAGCCUAUUUUCCCACAUCCCCAUAUUCUUGAAUUCCCACUUUUCUUUCUUGCAUUGUUUCAUCCUCUUUCUCUCCCUUUCUUUCUCUCAAAACCCUCAAACACUAUACUUUUUAGACAUGAUGAACGAAGAAGACAAGAACCAAGAAAUUGACAGGAAGAGAAAGCACAUAAACACCAACAACAACAACAAUCAAGAUUUCACAUUCACAAACACAUACCAUCAAGAAUUUGACGAUGAGCUUGAACUUUCGCUUUCUUUACCUAGGCAAAAAUCGUCAUUACUAUCGUCAUCGUCAUCGUCACCACCAUCACCGUCACCAUCACCACCAGCACCACCAUCUCCAUCACAACUAUCAAUGCAAGCCCUUUUAGCCCAAAACCCAUCUCAACUUCCUCUUCAACUCCCUCCUUCACACCCUCUUUACAUGCCUUUCAUGUCUCCGCUACCGUCACCACCACAACACGAGUCUUUAACAUCAACAACUCCAUUGGUGUACCGUCAAGAGAGUACUCCUGCCCCCAUCUUGUCCCGCCCUUCACGUGCUCGUCGUAACUCGACACAGGCCCCACGUGACGGGAAGAGUGACACUGUGCCGGCCCCCUUCCCGUGGGCCACAACGCAUCGUGCUACAGUGCAUACUAUCGAUUACUUGCUGUCCAAGGAAAUAGUUUCCAUCACUGGUGAAGUGCAAUGCAAGCGUUGUGAGCAUCAGUAUGAGAUGGAGUUUGAUCUCAAAGAAAAGUUCAUUGAAAUUGGAAGCUUUAUAGCCGAUCACAAAAACACCAUGCGUGAUAGGGCCCCAAGUGUUUGGAUGAAUCCAGUUCUUCCAACUUGCAAGUUCUGUAAUCAAGAAAAUAGUGUGAAGCCGAUUAUUGCUGAUAAGAAGAAGGAAAUCAAUUGGCUUUUUUUGCUUCUGGGACAAAUGCUAGGUUGCUGCACGCUUGAGCAGUUGAAGUAUUUCUGCAAACACACCAAGAAUCACCGAACUGGUGCCAAGGAUCGAGUUCUUUAUCUCGCAUAUCUUGGAUUGUGUAAACAACUUGACCCAGAUGGCCCUUUUGAUCGAUAAGAAUUUCAGUAUGUAUAUUGGGGGCUAGGCUGCAAUCUCUUUUUUUUUCAAUGUUUUUUGGAUUUUCUGGGCUACCCUUUUUUGUGCAAGAAAUUUGGCUAUUGUAAUCUUCUGUAUUGAAUGAUUCAAUUGCCAUGCAGUUGCCAUGUCUAAUUCAA